GCCAAACACUCACAUCAGCUCAUCACAUCACCGACAUUGUUGCGUUGACGAGCGCUCCAAAAUAUCUCGAGCGCGCGCUGUUUGCGGUGGAGUGAGGCACCCAUGACGUCAUGUUGAACUGACAAUAGAAAAUUCGCAUUUUCGUUUUUUUGAUUUUGUUUACGUUUUCUUCAGUCUUUGUUUGCUUUUCGACUUUCUCGCCAUUAUUCUUUUCGAUUUGGGUCUUUUUGUUAGCAGUCUAAAAUCUACUAUUCGACCAUUCGUCCAAUGUCCACCGCCCUUGCCAAGGUCAAAAAGCAGCUCGUCUGGGGAUUGAGCCAGCUGGAACCCGCCACGCUCGGCCGCGUUCUGGCCUCAAGCUCCUCCUCCGCCGCCGCAGCCAGCUCCAUCCCAAACAGCGACAAGAUCCUCCGCCAAGUCGACGACGCCGCGCUGCUCAUCGUCCGCGCCAUGAACGGCCCUUGGAGGUUUUUCCAUACUGUGGACCACGUCUUUGAUGUCGGCGGAGUGGAGGAUCCUGCAGAGGUGCUCGCCGGCCUGUAUCACGACCUCGUCUACGUGCAAAUCGACAUGGGCAUGUCCUUCACGAUGAGCAACCUGCUGUCGCCGUACAUUGAAGAGAUUGUCGAGGGCAUUGACGUUCCCAACACAAGCACAUCGGCUGCUCCAGGUGUUGCCUCGCUCCGCGUGCGUCCGCGCUCGACGCUCCCCAAGGGCGAUCUGAUCAUCGAGCUCGUGCUUGGCAUUUUCGGUUUCCAGCCGGGCCAGGUGCUGUCUCCCUUUGGCGGGCAGAACGAGUUCUUGUCGGCGCUGGUCGCCACCAUUGUGCUGCAGCCCCUCCUCGGCUACACCCACCUGGUGCACAUUGUUGCCUGCAUCGAGGCCACCAUCCCCUUCCGCCCGAACGACAAGGUCACUGGCCGGACGCCCACCGAAUCGCUGCAUGCCCACCUCGUUGAGACCAACCAGUCGUGCGGCCUCGGUCUCAGCGCUGGCAACAUUGAGCAGGCGGUGCGCCGCGCCGUGCGUCUUGCCAACCGCGAUGUGGCCAACUUUGCCUACACCAACUCGGCCACCUUCCUCGACAACACGUGGAGGCUGCUGCCUGAGACCAACCACGGCCUGCGGAACGCGUCCUCGUACACGGUGCGGGAGUUCCGCGUUUCCGUCCAAAAGAUGGAGGGCUUCCUGACCUUCCUCCAGCCGGAAGUCAUCUUUUCGCGCUUCCAGGACGAGCCCUCUGGGGACACGUUCGAGGAAAACACGGGACGCGCACGGCACAAUUUGGAAGUGUCCCGCCUGUACCUCGGUUGCAAGCUGGCUGCCCUCGCAAUCAUGGAGACCAUUUCGUACCGUCUGGGCAUGGACGUGCCCCUGUCCAUGCUCACCGGUGAUCUCCCUCGCGUCGGCUACGAGCACGUUCCCCAGCUGGCCGAUUUCCUGCCCGAUCCCACGGUUGGCCAGACGCAAUCGGCCGUCUCCGAUGCGGACGAGAGCCCCCUUCACGCCAAGCUCGGUGUCAACCCGCUCGCCGAUCUGUCCGAGCUUGAGCAAGAAGUCCUGUGUCUGCUCGAGUUUGGCCGCGCGCGCGAUUCGUCCUACGACCGCCGCAAUUCGCCGCUCGCGACCUUCCUCGUCAAGCGUCUUGGCUUUGCCAAAACCACUGCUAUUCUGGCGCGUUGCAAGGUCUUCUUUUCUGGCAAGCUGGAGGCGGAGGCGCUGCUGGCCGAGCUCGAUCCCUUUGUUGUUGAGAGUGUUCAAACUGCCAUUGUCAGCAUCUUGAAGGCGUAUCAAGCAAUCCUCUGCCACCCUCUUGUUCGUUCCUGAGCAGCCGACUCCGAUUGAGGUUUUUUUUGUUUGUUGUGUGUGUCUUUUCGUUUUUCUGCAUGUUUUGUUGUCCGCAUCCGUCUGUGUGUCUGUGUGUCAAUAUCAAUGUCAAUGUCAGUAGGUUUUCGUCGGGCAGGCUCCCGCGAGAUCUUUUGCCCUUCUUUGAGUCCCUGUUCUGCACUUUCAGCUUCAAUAGAGUGUAUCUGUGUUCCGUCUUAUGGCUGUGAUGGUCUUCUCGUCUGAUUCCAAUGUCCAACGCAACAACGCUUCAGUCAGUCCUUCUCCUACUC